CUGCGAAGCAUCCUCAUUGUAUGCUGCGUUUGUCAUUUGCUCUCUGCAGUGAUGGCGGGCACAAAUGCUUUGCCACUUCAACAAUUAAUUGCAUCAUUUGACAGCAGUUGUCUGCCAAAAAUCCUACAAGUUUCCUCUGGAGUGUAUUUCCAAGGGUCUAUAUAUGAAAUUUCUGGGAGUGAAGUGUCCUUUUCCACGGGGGAUCUAAUAAAGGUCAUUAACAUUGAGCUCAUAUCAGUUUGCUGUGAAGACAUCAGCAACAAUGACAAGUUUGAGCUGCCUAUUAACCAUGCAGGCUUGUUCAGGAUUGUUCCUGAGAAAAUGGCAUACAGUACAAUAGAGGAGAUGGUGAGUCUGAGGCCUGUAAGCUUAGAUUCCUGCCUUCCCUUCACUUUCUCCACUCACUCCAAGAUGACCUUUGGCAAUUUCACACUGGGCUGUGGGAAAGCUUUGACUGUGCUCUCCAUUGAGCGGCAUGAGGGCGAGGAGGAUCAGAUCCGCUGCCAUGUUCAAGGGCAACAGGAAGCCUCAGCUGAAGUGUGUAUCCCUCUCUCUUCCCGAGGGGAGUUUUAUGAGUGUGAGAGCGAGGAGGUCUUCACGCUGCGGGAAAUCAUGUCCUCGCCCAGCCUGCGUAGUCGAAAAUUUCAUUUCAUCAACACCACUAAAUAUGAACAUCCCCUUGUCCUCAGUCCAAUAUACCAGGUCCACGCUGUCAUGAACUUGAGGAAGAAUGUGUUCAAGUUCCCGUCCAGCUUAGAGGUGGAUGUGGUCGAUGUCACGGAGGAGUGUAAGGAUGUGAAUUUUGUCAUGCCACUCAGUCUGACAGAGGUCAUUUCCCAGCCAGAUGAAUCUUUCCCUGCAGUAGUGGAGAUAAUGGAAGGCCCAGACACCAGCUCUCCAUUCAAUUGCAGCUGGCUGACAGAACUUACCAAGAAUGAGCAAAUGGUCUUCCACAAGAAAGGAACUUCAGCCAUGAUUUUAUUAUCCAGCUUGAAGAGCCGGAAGGCACAGCAGUACUUCUUGGUAUCUCAGCACUAUGGUGGACGAUUUCGGAAGCGGCCGAGAGUGUUUAAUUCAGUAUAUGAGUUGUAUGUUGCUUCCAUCGAGGCAUCAGGUCUGAAGGUCAGUGUGACAAAGAACUGUGAAGAAGCUGAGGAGGAGGGCCUGCCUGUUCUCAGUGUAGGGGACCAACUGGAGGUUGUUCGUUGCGAAAGGAUGGAAUUGCCUUGUGGAAGCAGCAAUGAACCAAAGCAGUCUGUUGAAGCUCUUUUUUGUUAUCGUCUCCAAGAGCCAGAUGAUGAGGAUGAUGAUGAUGAUGAUGAUGAUGAUGAUAAUGUGGUCAAGCAGGAGGAUGAGAGAGAGGAAAUUCUUCUGCCUCUGUACAUGCAGGGUCACUUUGUGGAGAUACUCACUGAUAACAAGAAGUACAGACUCAAGGACUUGGGAAAGAAUAGUUUGCCACUGGAUGUUAAAGUGGUGAGUCGCGAUACAGAACUUGAGUCUGAUCCACUAGCUGGGUUUGCAUGUCUCAGAAUAGAGGGGGCUAUGUUAGAGCCCAUCAUCCAGGCAAGCUUUCUACACACGCCCAACCACUGUUUCGAGAUCCCAACCCAGUGGCUGUCAAUGUCUGUCUUUUUCACUAAGGACCCCCUGCCAUGGCCCAGUGGGCAACCCCCUAAAUGUCACGUGGAUAAGGUUACUGAGGUGAAAGACACGUUCUUCUAUGAAUUUCGCAAACAGGGAAGCUCAGAUGAGGCUCCUCCACCUCGACCACCAAAGCGAAAUGUAUUAUCUUCAAAACCUCCAAAAAAACCUAAACACAAAAAGAAAUCAUCCAAGGCAGAUAAACUGCAACAUCUAUCAGACAGUGUCCCAACCAACAAAUUGCACAAUUUGACCAUAAAUAGCAAAAAAAGGCCCCCAGCUCCUCCACCUCCGGAUAGUGCAGAUGAUCAACCUCCACCAGUUACACCGCGAAAGCACUCAGUAGCUGAAAUGACAACAGACAAGGCUCUGCCAAACACUUAUGUGAAAAUCGAGAAGCCUAUGAAAAAAGGGCUGCUGCAUGAUGCUUCAGCAGAUGUGGACAGUGACCAUGACUAUGAAACUGUGGAUGAUACUUUGGUAACAAUGAUCAAGAAAGCACAAGAAGAUAUCAUGUUCUACUAAAAAUGAUGUUUUACUGCAGUGGUGAAAUUUCACAUAUCAGCAGUGAGAAUUGAAUUUAAGACUAACUAAAGAAAAGCUCUCCUGUCUUCAACAAUUUCAUGUCAGUGUACCAAGACAUAGUCUUAUACUGUGAGACUCUGCAGUCAGGCCAAACAGUCUGACCAAAUGCUAUGUUGAAACAUAUUAUUUCAUGCUGAACAUAACUAGUUUAACACCUUAAAGUCUGGAUAUUUAAAUUCAACCGACAUAUGCACGGCACAGAAAUGGGGGUGAUAUGAUUUAGUUUAAUGGACACUUCGAUAAUACACAGAUAUCUGAUGCUGAAACAGCAUCCUUCAGUGUACCCCAAAACAUAACACUUGAUUCUCUGGUCAGCAAAACUAUUCAUUCUUCAACCAUUCAAUCCUCAACCCACUCCAUACUCUUCAGUAAGUGGCUGGAGCUUUACCAUGUGCAGUAUACCACCCACAAACUUUGAAUACAAGUUAUUUUUAUUGUAUUUAUUGUUGUAGUAUUUGCUGAAAUGUUAUAGAAACUUUGUACUUUGUGUUCAAACUAGCCAGAAUGGCGUUGAUUUAAAUGUGGUAAUUUUGGGGACUGUAGCUUGUUUUGUAUAGAGUAGCAAUAAUAUAAUACCAGGAGUAUUAUUCUAAAACAAAACAUCAGCAACACCUUGCAGUCCAGUAGAAGAGUACAUAACAGUCUUGAAUUGCUAAUGUUAAAUGAAUACCUCUUAAAAGAGUCAAUGCAUAUUUUUAAUCUUCAGGGUAACAGGCUACAUUUUAUUAUGGAUGCACUUUUAUGUUUAUGUCGGCUUUCUACUGUAUAUAGCAUUUGCAGUCUCUAAACUGAACUGGCUCAAAACAGUCCUUGCUGAGAGGCAGCAGUCAAGCUCUGCAGCUUCUCAGGUGAUGUGUCCUCCUUCCUAUCACAUCAAACUAAAAAUCUGAGAGUACAUCAGAUCUUGCUUUUUUAUUUCACCAUAGGACCUUUCAAGGUGGACUUAUAUGGACUGGGAAUAUUUUCCAAAAGCAAUUAAUGUAGGUUUUUUUUACUUUGUUGAAUAAUGGCCAUCCAUUUAGAAGGAGUCACUGCCAAAGAGAUAAUGUAACAGUUCAAACAAGUUGUCUGUGAGUGGAUUUUUAUACUACAAACUAUAUUUUAAAAAACAUGGCUUUGAAAUGCACCGAUUUUGUGUAUUCAGACUUAAUUAAAACCUGUAUACUGUACUAUUUCUCUAUUAAGCUCAGUCAACUGAAUUCACCACAGGUGAACUCAAGUCAAAGAAACAGCAAAAGUACAAGAUGCAAAAUGUAUUGUGUUCUCACAGCUACAGGGGUGAAUGUACAUGUAAAUGAAAUAUUUCUGUAUUCGAGUCUUAAUAAA